GAAACAAUAUUAAACAGCGGCAUUUAAACUGUACAUUCUUCUAAGUUCUGUUAAUGGAAGUGGCGUGUAUUAUCUUUCAGUGUUUCGCAGUGCGUUCUUUGGGCUGGGUGGAGAUGGCGGAGGAAGACUUGGCUCCGGGGAAGAGCAGUGUGGCUGUUAACAACUGCAUCAGACAGCUGUCCUACUGCAAAAACGACAUCCGGGACACUGUGGGCAUCUGGGGAGAGGGGAAGGACAUGUACCUGGUGUUGGAGAACAAUAUGCUGAACCUGGUUGACCCCAUGGACCGCAGUGUGCUUCACUCGCAGCCAAUCGCAAGCAUCCGUGUCUGGGGCGUAGGUCGAGACAAUGGAAGAGAUUUUGCGUAUGUGGCACGGGAUAAAAACACCAGGAUCCUGAAAUGUCAUGUGUUCCGCUGUGAUACUCCAGCCAAAGCCAUUGCCACGAGUCUGCACGAGAUCUGCUCCCGGAUAAUGGCAGAGAGAAAGACUGCCAAAGCGAUGGCUGGGGGCUCUCUCCAGGACAGAAUGCAGGCUGGACUAGAUCUGCCUUUACAGGAAUUCCCCACACCAAAGACAGAGCUGGUCCAGAAGUUUCAAGUGCUUUACUUGGGAAUGCUUCCUGUGGUUAGACCGAUCGGGAUGGAUAUUCUGAACGGUGCCAUAGACAGUCUAAUUAGUUCUUCCAACAGAGAAGACUGGACUCCGGUAGCUCUUAAUGUUGCAGAUGCUACUGUCACUAUCAGCAAGGAUAAGGAUGAAAAGGAGGUUCUGGUGGAGUGCCGUGUGCGUUUCUUGUCGUUCAUGGGAGUUGGGCGUGACAUACACACUUUUGCCUUCAUAAUGGACGCCGGGGGUCACCGCUUUGACUGUCACGUCUUGUGGUGUGACCCCAACGCUGGCAGUGUGUCAGAGGCAGUGCAAGCAGCGUGUAUGCUGCGGUACCAAAAGUGCUUGGUGGCGCGCCCCCCGUCCCAGAAGGCCUGUGGCUCGUCCCCCCCUGGAGACUCUGUGUCCCGCCGUGUGUCCACCAGUGUAAAGAGAGGGGUCCUUUCUCUCAUCGACACACUCAAACAGAAGAGACCUGUCACGGAGCUGCCGCAGUAAAUUCUCCUAACCACUAUCAACUUUCCACUGCUACAAUCCCUUGUCACCAUGGUAACUAGUCGUUGCGGACACCCCUCAUCAUCUGUUACCAUGGAAACAGGAAUGCCCAGGGGUCUGGAAAACUUUGUGCUGUUUGGAGCGGCAUGGAAAUUCUCCUUGAAGUUUUGCUCUGGAUUGUAAAUUUCCUCCAUCACCAUAAACUGAAAGUAUCAUGUUCAGAAGGACCACCUGCCCCAGCGCACCUGCCCCAGUGCACCUGCCCCAGUGCACCUGCCCCAGUGCACCUGCCCCAGCGCACCUGCCCCAGGCCACCUGGAGGCAUUAGUGUACAUAGUAACAUCCUUCACACAAACAGUGAAUCUACAGAAUGAAGAAGUGGGACCUGUGAAGAGGGGAGUCAUUUCUAUCCUUACUGCUGAUCUCAGUACUUUAGUCGUAUCUGUCUGUACAUGUGUUACUACAAGCAUGACCUUGUAAAACCUGGCCUCCAUUUGAUUGUUUGUCCUGUGAGUCUCUGUAAAAGUUUACAGGUGCACUGCGUAACAUUUCUAGUGGAGGGUUUACCACCUGCUUAUCUCCAUGGAAAUGUUAUUGCUUUAUCUGGAAUGUUCCACAGUAUAGAUUAAACCUAUUUAUCAAAAAGAAGAUAAGCAGGUUACAGCACUAUGCUACAUCACAAUUCAGAUCUGUGGAGAGUUGCUCCUGUUCACAGAAGGAAUUAUUGUAUUUCUGAGCAAUAAAUACAUCUGUAAUGAAUAAAUGCUAGAUCUGUAUGUUUAAUGUCAUACUAACAAAUCAAUUACAUCUCCAUGGAGACAAGUAGAUAGCAAAGCAUCCACCAGAAAAGCCGCUCAGUGCACCUUUAACACAGAACUGAGAGAUGCUGAAGAAACUAGCAGCUUUCUCAGCCCGCAUUCUCUAUAACCUGCUCAAAUGCAUGACUUUUUCUAUUGUAAACAAGCAUUCAGUACUCCUGCGGUGAGACGGGAGAGAGAGCAAAUCCAAGUCUUCUUAUUUUUGUAGCCUCAACGAAUGGUGACCUUUCACCUGAAGCAUUUUUCAUGUAGUUACUGGGACACCAACAGAUAAUCAUCAGAAAGCAGAGAUGGAGGACAGACUCAGCAUGCUGCUACUCUACACCACUGAUCAUUUCUUACUUAAAUCACAUCUCAGUAUUGUCUUGAGACUGAAUAUUCAACUAAAAUGGAAGCUGUAAUCAUGAGAAGUUGUGUAAAAACUAAGACUGAAGGACUGUUGUGUGGGCUGCUAGAGGUCUGUCUCCAUGGGGUCUUUCACUUGAAUGGAUCUUUUGUGUUUUUCAUGAUACUGUAAUAUACUUAAGUUUGUGUCUGUGUCCAACAGUGCCACCGAUCACACUCCAUUGACUUCUGCACACGCCUUUCAGUUGAACAUAGCUUUGUACAUACUUUAUCCGAGCCUGUAACUAAAAUAAUUAAGUCCAAAAU